GCGAGGCGCAGUCGGUGCGCUUCUCCGGCCCAAUGGCGGCCCCGUUGCUUCACACGCGGUUUCCUGGAGAUGCUGCCGCUUCGACCUCUGCCGUCCAGGCGCUGAGCGCGUCCAGAUCUGGGCUUUCAGAUAUGCUUGCAUUAGAGAAUGAUUUCUUCAAUUCUCCUCCAAGAAAAACCGUUCGGUUUGGUGGUACUGUGACAGAAGUCUUGCUGAAGUACAAAAAGGGUGAAACAAAUGACUUUGAAUUGUUGAAGAAUCAGCUGUCAGAUCCAGACAUAAAGGAUGACCAGAUCAUUAACUGGCUGUUAGAAUUCCGUUCCUCCAUCAUGUACCUGACCAAAGAGUUUGAGCAGCUUAUCAAUAUUCUGUUGAGAUUGCAGUGGUUGAACAGAAGUCAGACAGUGGUAGAGGAGUAUUUGGCUUUUCUUGGUAAUCUUGUAUCAGCUCAGACUGUCUUCCUUAGACCAUGUCUCAGCAUGAUUGCUUCUCAUUUUGUACCUCCUCGAGUGGUCGUUAAGGAAGGUGAUGUAGAUGUUUCAGAUUCUGAUGAUGAAGAUGAUAAUCUUCCUGCAAAUUUUGACACUUGUCACAGAGCCUUGCAAAUAAUAGCAAGAUAUGUUCCAUCGACACCAUGGUUCCUUAUGCCAAUAUUGGUGGAAAAAUUUCCAUUUGUUCGAAAAUCAGAGAGAACAUUGGAAUGUUAUGUUCAUAACUUACUGAGGAUUAGUGUGUAUUUUCCAACCUUGAGGCAUGAAAUUCUGGAGCUUGUUAUUGAAAAGCUACUCAAGUUGGAUGUGAAUGCAUCCCGGCAGGAUAUUGAAGAUGCUGAGGAAACAGCAGCUCAACCUGGUAGUGGGACAGAUGCCACAGAAGGACUGUUUAAUAUGGAUGAAGACGAGGAAACUGAGCAUGAAACAAAGGCUGGUCCUGAAAGGCUCGAACAGAUGGUACAUCCUGUAGCCGAACGCCUGGACAUCCUGCUGUCUUUACUUUUGUCCUAUGUUAAGGAUGUCUGCUAUGUAGAUGGUAAGAUUGAUAACAACAAAACAAAGGAUUUAUAUCGAGAUCUCGUAACCAUUUUUGACAAACUCCUGUUGCCUACCCACGCCUCCUGCCACGUCCAGUUUUUCAUGUUUUAUCUCUGUAGCUUUAAAUUGGGAUUUGCAGAAGCAUUUUUGGAACAUCUCUGGAAAAAAUUGCAAGAUCCGAAUAAUCCUGCCAUCAUCAGGCAAGCUGCUGGAAAUUAUAUUGGAAGCUUUUUGGCAAGAGCUAAAUUUGUUCCUCUUAUUACUGUAAAAUCAUGCCUAGAUCUUUUGGUUAACUGGCUGCACAUAUACCUUGAUAACCAGGAUUCGGGAACAAAGGCGUUUUGUGAUGUUGCUCUCCAUGGACCAUUUUAUUCAGCCUGCCAAGCUGUGUUCUACACCUUUGUGUUUAGGCACAAGCAGCUGUUAAGUGGAAACCUGAAGGAAGGUUUGAGGUACCUUCAAAGUUUGAAUUUUGAACGUAUAGUGAUGAGUCAGCUGAAUCCUCUGAAGAUUUGCCUGCCCUCAGUAGUUAACUUUUUUGCCGCCAUCACAAGUAAAUACCAGCUGGUCUUCUGCUACACUAUCAUUGAGAGGAACAAUCGCCAGAUGCUACCAAUCAUUAGGAAUACAGCUGGAGGGGACUCGGUGCAAACCUGCACAAACCCACUCGACACCUUCUUCCCCUUCGAUCCUUGUGUGCUUAAGAGGUCAAAGAAAUUCAUUGAUCCUAUUUAUCAGAUAUGGGAAGACAUGAGUGCAGAAGAGCUUCAGGAGUUUAAGAAACCCAUUAAAAAGGAGGUGGUGGAAGAUGAAGAUGAUGAUUUUUUGAAAGGUGAAGUUGGGAUGACACCGAGCUCCUUUGACACACAUUUCCGAAGUCCUUCAAGUAGUGUGGGCUCUCCACCCGUGUUGUACCUGCCGGACCAGUCCCCUCUGAUCACAAGGAUUUGUGACUGAGACAAACAUUCCUCCCCAGUGUGCCCUUCAGAACCAGGGUUCAUACUCUUUGAGCAUUGCAUUGAACUAGAGCAGGUACAUGCCUCAGGCAUCUUACUUUUAAGUAAGACUUACUCUAGUGUCUGAACAGACGUGUUUUUUUCUCUUUUUUGUUCCCGUACAGACAAAAGGAAAAGACUGAAUAUCAUGUGCAAUAUUUUACAGUGGAGUUGAUGAUAAAUGUUGAAGGCUUUGCUUCUUUGUUUAAUGUAUACUCUUUUGUGUGUUACAGCUUUUUGACAUUAUUAUUGUGAAAUUUCUAAUAUUAGCAACAGCCUGUUUUAACAGAUUGCAUUUUUCAUAUAGGUUUUUGACAGAGCCAUAGUCAGGACUUUGUUGAUAUGAUUUCUUUUCCGUGAAAAACCCUCUAGGACACUAUUUAAAGUCUUUAGAAUGAGUUUAUUUUGGGUACAUUGUUUACCCUCUGCUGUGACUGUAUAUGUUUGUUGGGAUUUGAGUGGGGUGCAGAGAAGAUAGGAGACAAGUGGGGAGAAGGCCAGAGCUGGUCCCAGACGCUGAAAGUUGGAGCUGGCACUGAAAGAGAUCUCCAGGGACUUCAGAGACCGGUAAAAGCCUGGAGGGAAGAGAUAGAGGGUUUAGGGAAACAGAAUCAGACAAAUCAUACACUUGUGGAUGUAAAAAUGGAUUUAAAAGAAAAAUGGAGUUUCAGGUAAAUGUAAUUCACGUUGACCGAAAGUGGCGUUGGACUUGCAUAAAACACAGCAUACCGAGUUUCACCCUGAAGCUCCUAAGAUGCCAUGAAAACUGGAACUACUCGUUUGUAGUGGAAUGUUACACUCAGGUUUGUUUUUUUUUAGCCAGCUGGUUAUUUUGAGAAUUUCUUUGUCCAAACGGGGGACUGAGGGGAAUUUUAGGUUAUUUGCUGGAAUGGUUUUGCAAGCAACAGUAGGCCAAGGUUAAAGCUAUAGUCUCUGUCUGGUAGCUGUUUGUAUCAUGGAUUUCAGCUCAGUGAAAUCCUCCUCUAGCGAGGCUCUUUUUGUAUUUUUAUAACUGAACACACAGAGAGAGGAGUCUAAACAACCUCGCUUUAUAACAAAUUUGUGCAAGCACUGCUAGAGUCGUUUUGAAGCUCAUGCGUGUUUUAGCUUCAUUCCUUAUUUGUGUACUUUUUUGUUACUUGUGAAAAUGGACGUCUUUAAACAUAUUUAUAUUUAUGCCAUUUUUCCUAUUCUUUAUUUAAAGGCAAGCAGUAUUUUCUUGAUCAUAAAUAUUUUGUAAUGAAAUACUUUCCUAGGGCUUUGUAUGCUCUUGUAUAACUGUAUUGGUGGCAAUGUAGAGUUUGAAUUGCAGUCUGCAAAUACGUUUUUUGAAAAUAGAAAUUUUAUUGCUUUAAAAAGUUUUGGAUAUUGAUGAUUUUCUUUUGGUGACUUGGUGGAAAGUCAUUUGAGAACCUUAGGUUCUCUUUUUUUAACUGCUGACAAAAAGGUGGGAUUUUUGUAUAUUGGAUAAAAUGAAUAAAUGAAAAUGUGUCCAUAGGCGUUAACGGUAAGUGGGGUCUCUAUGAGUUGGGAAGUAGUUUUAAGGUAGAAAGAUAUACUUACAAAUAAGUCUGUUUAAUUUCAAAGGAGUUUGAGGAAAAAAAAUCCUUUGUGAAAAUAAAACAAUGACAUGGUUAAUCUGGGACUUUUGUUCUUAUGCCAAUAAGGGGAGACACCCCAAUAAAGAGGCUUCUCACACAAAUGUC